GAGUGCGGGCGCGCGCGCGCGCGUGUAUCCAUCGCCUGUAGUCUAUAGAUCUGUGUUACUGCGCCAGGAUGGAGAUGACGCAAAUGACCCAGCUCCCCAAAAAGUGUUUCAAGACGAACAUGGCGGCAACUUAACACAGGACCCAAGAUGAUGAUGAUGGUGAUGAUGAACAGCAGAGAAUAUCGAAGGCAAUCCUCCCAGAUAGGGAAAGAGCAGCUCGUUCAGCGUCUUUCCUUCCCUUGAGGAGAUACGGGGACACAGGCAGGAGCUUCGGGAACAGAGGAGGCAUGUUGUCACACAGAAAGCGCUUUUUCUCCGGGGAGCCAUGCGGAAUAACGGAGAUAUGACCGCGCGCGGCUUUAUCUAGCCCAGAGAGUCGGAUACAGCUGCCACGAGCGCUGUUUAACGGGAGGAAAACAUUACAAAUCAAUGCAUUUUGUGGCAGAGGAGCCGUCGCGGUGGAGUCGGCCAGUGCUGCUCUUUCCUGAAAUAUGACCAGGGGUUCUUGGACGUGUCGGCAGCAAGAUGACGGCUUAAAAAUCUGCUUCGCACCCCGAGAGGACGAAAAGCCAUUAUUCACCGAUUCGGAAAGGGCCCAGAGAUGGCGACUGUCCUUAGCCUCUCUUUUGUUUAUCACCGUUUUGCUCUCUGAUCAUCUGUGGUUCUGCGCCGAGGCGAAAACGACGAGGACGCGAGACAAACGGCUGGAGCACACGAACCAUAUACUUUCAUCCAGCCAUCAGAGAGAGCAGAGUCUUAUUUUUAUAGGCAAUUCUACCAAACCUCUGUGGAGACUUGAAACUUGUCACCCUGACAGCCUCUCCAAAAACUGCUUGACUUUCGCCGAGCCGGAAGCCGUGUGCUCGGGCCUCUCCGAGUGGAACCUGAGCGAUUUCUAUCUUUCUUUUUGUAACUCCUACUCGCUUUUGGAUUUGUUUUACGGGUUUACGAGUCCGGACAAUUUGACCUGUAGCCUGGACAUGGCUGAUGCGUCGGGAUGCAGCCAGUGCGUUCAGGCUUACCAACGCUACGACCGACGAGCUCAGGAGAAAUACCAAGAGUUUGAGCUUUUGGUUCAGAAAUAUGAAACGGAUGUAUAUUCGGUGCGGACAUGCAUGGAAGAGUGCACGACUGUCUACAAACACUGGCUCUGUGCCCAGUUCUUCCACACCACACAGAUGCACUGCAGCAACAGGAUCCCCUGCAGGAAGUACUGCCUGGAGGUCCAGCAGAGGUGUCCCUUUAUAUUGCCUGACAAUGAUGAGCUCAUUUACGGUGGAAGCCCCAGUUUUAUAUGCACAGGGCUCCAAGAGGACAACCCCUCAGACGCAGAGACAGAGUGCUGCGAUGUCCGAUGGGACAGCAGGGCGGACAACAGCUCCAAAGGCACUCUCAAAAGAACUCACCCGUCGUGUCAGCACGGGACAUCCCUGACCUCGUCAGCGGCCUCUAGACUGUGCAACAGCAGACUCAAACUCUGCCUGCUGGUCCUCGUCCUCCUUCAUACUGUUGCCACUCUCACAGCAUCCCACAAUCCCACUGGGUUCAACCUCACCUCCAGCUCCUCCAACGAGGAAUGACGGAAUAGCCACUCGGUAACGCAGUUACAGUGCCGAUUCCAGUGACGUGACGGACCGUGGGUGACUUGCUGGUACAGAAACUGUGGACGUGCAAUCAAAGCAAACUGACCAAGCUAAACAAACACUGGACAAAUCCAAUCAAGCAACAAGAACAAGGGACAACACCGUAGCCUUUGUUGAAAGAGGCUUCUAGGGGGCGGAGUUCUCUCGCACCACUUUUUUUUUUACACCGUGUCUAUGGUUUGGAUUUCUGUUGCACUAGAUGACAACAGGAUCUAAUUCAUGUUUCUUUUCUUUUCAUUUGGGUCUUUGUGCAGAAAGGAUUGGCAGAGACGUAUGAGUUAAAUGUACAGUAUCCAAGUGAAUAUUCCAAGACUGAGUGCGUGUCCAUGUGAGCGAAUGGAUGAGUGCGUGUGCAUGUGUGCCUGUGCUUGCAUCCGUGUGUCCACUAAGAUGUUCUUCUCGUUUCUAUUCGUAAUCACAAACUCUCUGAAUGCUGCUCUAUUCAUUACGAGGGUUUUCUAUUGCAGUUUAUUCGUUGACAAAUCUGCCUAGACAAAUACCAAGACACCCAACAAAAAAGCCCAGGUUCAAACUCAGAUUCUCCCAUUAAGAUCCUGUAACCUUAUUAAGGUAGCCUGAUGUUUUUGUUGCUUGUAUGAUGUAAUUUCUUGCAAGGUCAGGUCAGUAGCUUUGGGGGUCUGGGAACGUUAAUGUCGCUCAGUUAUUUGCUUAAGUGCUUGACUGAAAUGGUCCAUUUUGGGAUGUUAUAUGGUAUCCAGACUUCUCCCCCACCCCCAAAAUCUGCCAAAAGAUAUCUGCCAAUUUUAAUGUUAUAUAUUAUAUUAAGAUAUUAUAUUCUCUACCCUAUAUUCUCUAAUUGCAUGUUAGAACCAGAGUUUAGACUACGCUGCUAAAGUUUUAAAGAAAUAAAUCCAAACAAUCUGAAAAAGAGGAGCUCUCACUCCGAGUACCGUCCAAAUUAUUUGGCAGCAUGAACCCAGCCAAUCAGAGCUUACGAGACAAAUUACCCCAAUCACACAGAGUGGAUCCAUCAUUCCUUAUUACAGUAAAGGGCUUACCCACCAUCUACACACAUUCAAACACUCCUGCAUGUAGAGACUCACGUGGCAUGAAUAACUCAGUGAAAACAAUGUUAAUUUUUUACAAAGAUAGUCACGUCAGCAGGAAGUUGGGGAGCUCAAUCUUGUGGCUCCAGAUAGAAGAACGAAGGCCCGUCUCAGGUGGCAGGGCUUAAGGUAUCUGCUUCUUUGUGAGAAAGAGAGGCAAAGUUAAGGGCUGAUAUAUUAUUUUAUGUUGUUUUUUUUCUACAGGUAUGCUCAAAUGAGGAUGUGUCACUGUGACACACAAAACGAAGCCUUGAGUUUAACAAAGUUCUUGAAAGCCUCAGUGUGACUGUGAACCUGUUAAAAUGACAGGCGUCACACCUGUGUUUCCAUCUCAUAAAUGUUAGAUACAUAUACAUUUCAUAGAUCAGUCACAGCUAGCUUUAAGGCUAACUAUGCUAACUAAAAAAGAAAAACAAAGUGUUCUGUAGCCAUAUUUGUGUAAAGCAGGCCAACAUAAUGCAUGCCAUAGGAAUAAAAUGGAGCACACACAUUCCAUGUCUAAUUUUAUUCCCUGCCUUUAGCCUAAAAAAAGGACAAUAUCUGUAGAUUGUCUGCAUUAGGGAUGCGGUCGCAUUUUCCUUCGUAUCUCGAAAUUCCGUCGGCGAAAUGCAGCAAAUGUUUUUCGCACGUGAAUUUCGCAACAGAUUCAGAUUUGUUAACCUUUGAACACUCAAAUGUGUCAUAUUAAACCAAUAUUAAGCUGCUUAGUUUGGAAGUGACCUGAGUAAGUGGUGCUUCAUGCAUCACUACACUAUUAGACCUUUUUGUCUGCAAAUUUUCGCUAAUGUGACAGCAUCUUUCGGCUACUUUUGGAAUCCAGUGAUGGUAAUAUGCAUUACCAUCAAAUGCUAUACCAUUAAACUUCAAAUAUCAACUCUGGGGCAAAUGUAACCUUAAUUUUAAGAGAAGAAAUCAAUCCAUUUGCCCUUUUGUGGUUUAAGCUACCAUUAGCGGUGACCUUUUAAGGUGUCAGAAGCACAAAGUGAUUUUUGUUGUUGUCUAAAACAGACUGCUAAUGCAGCUCAGUUUAGCUGAUAAAAAGGCAUUUGACCUGAUCGGUCAAAAACAGAGAGAGAAGCUAAUUUCUUUCCAUUGUUUUUAAAUUUCAUAUUUUUCAACAAUGUACUCAGAGCGCUAAUUGUUGGCUGUUCAGGGUUUUUGAAUUUGGGCUUGUUGAAUUUUAUCAAAACAUAUUUGAUAUUAAUAAUGACUUUUAAUAUCCUCACCAUUACAGCUUUGAUUCAUUGCUUUUAGGUCCAUCUCUCCUAUCUAAUGUUCUAAUGUUCUCAUUAAUACAUAAGUAUAUUUCAAAUAAAACCAAUAUGUUACCAGAAACGCCAUAGCCAGUGCUAUGUGUACAAUGCUAUGCCUGUGCUUUAGUUAAAAUAGCAUGACCAGGAAAGUUUGACCAUAUGACAAGGCACAACGGCCCUGUUUGAGAUGUAUAAGGGCAGUCUGGCAAGCUGUGCUGAGGACUUCGCUGAUGAAUAAUUAGAGGAAAGCGCAGAGAGAUACAGUAUACCCUCCUGAGAGCUUAUUAGUUGGUUUAUAACCUCCUAUAUUCAGCUCAGACCACCUGCUCCGGAACAGCAGACGGAUCAGAAAUUAUUCUCUGUUCAUUUCCAAACAAAACUAAAUCAACUUCUCCAAAUGGGCCUGACGGUAUAGGAAAGACGGAUAGGAGAUGGGAUAGAGAGAGAUGGGCAAAUGACAACGGCUUAGCACUAUUAUUAUUUUGCUAAGAAUUUCUGGAUGUUUGUUAUAGCAAGAAGACAAGCGGACACACACACACACACACACAUUAACACGAUUAUACAUGCUUUUUCACUCAGAAAUCCUGUGUGUAUAUAU